AUCAACUGUGACAACAGAUAUAUUCAUUGAUAGAGAACAGUUGUGCUACGAGUAGAUGAAUUAGUUGGUAAAUUGUUAUGGCCGUACGUCAACCCCCUCGAUCGCGAUCCCUUUUCGUACCGAAAACGGAAAGGAUAGAGGAAGAUGAAGCUCUUAUAUUGCGUGUUCAUCUAGCUGGUUUCUCUGAGAAGGACAUAGAUUGUAGGAUAAUUGCACCAUCACAUUAUAUCAGAGUAUGUAGUUAUCCUGCACUGAAAAACUGGCACUUCAAUACACUUUUUGAGAGCAUUCCAGAGAAAUUCAACCUCUAUGAAGCAAAAACCAAGUUUGAUGAUGGAAUUUUCACCAUCAAAGUUCCAAAAGUAGUUUCUGCAGAAAUGAGUGGUGCUAGGGCAUUAGAGGCCACGGCAAGACAAGAGGCUCCUAGCACGCAAGAAAGUGAUGCAAGCAAGUCAGGGUCUCAAAAAAGUGAAGAUGUUGCUGCAAAUCAACAAGCUCGGACAACCAAUGUAGAUAAAGAAAUUACAGAAGCCAAAGAUGUUGAACGUGUAAUAUUUAAGGGUCAAGAUCAAAUCCUUUCCGAAGCUAAUUUUCCAUUAUUGUUUACCAGAAAGAAGGAAAUAGAUGAUCAAAGCACUGUAGGGCAAGUUGGUGAUCGGAAUGCCAUUGAAAAGGAUAAGGAGAAGAGUGCUGAAAGCGUUGAUCAAGAGAAAGAAGGGGAAGGAAAGGAUAUGGAGAGGAGAGCUGAGAGCGUUGAUCAAGAAAAGGAAGGGGAAGCAAAGGAUACGGAGAAUGCAACUUCUUCUUCCAGCAAGUCUGCGAACGACAAUGUAACAACGGUUGUGACCGAAAGGCGAUAUAUAGUAGAGAAAUACACCAUCAUCUCAUUGAUAAUGGCAAUUGGAGCUUAUGUAUUCUAUAACAUCCAUGGCCAAUCUAGAAAGAAAUAACCUGUAAAAUGAAUAUGAAUAUGUCUGCACAUCAGCAAUAAAUAUUGGAUCAAUCCAACAAGAAUAACACUAACUACUUAGUUUGAUUCAGUA